AUGGCUAAAUCCAAGAACCAUACCGCUCACAACCAGACUAGAAAGGCUCACAGAAACGGUAUCAAGAAGCCAAAGACCUACAAGUACCCAUCUUUGAAGGGCGUUGAUCCAAAAUUCAGAAGAAACCACAAACACGCUUUGCACGGUACCGCUAAAGUUUUGGCUGCUGAACGUGCUGCUAAGAAAUAA